AUGAAGGCGUUGAUCGACGUCAGCACGGCAUGUUUGCUUAUUUGUAGCAUACAUUUAGGUGCUAUAGCACAAAAACACAUACAACAUUCCGAUAAUCCGUCAACUUAUAAUAUUGGGGGAGUACUCACGGAUCCGGAUAGCGAGGCACACUUCCGAACAACAAUAGCGCACCUCAAUUUUGACCAACAAUAUGUGCCACGUAAAGUUACCUACUAUGACAAGACUAUACGCAUGGAUAAGAAUCCAAUAAAGACAGUCUUUAACGUUUGCGAUAAGCUAAUUGAAAAGCGUGUCUAUGCUGUUGUUGUAUCGCACGAACAAACCUCUGGUGAUUUGUCGCCGGCCGCUGUCAGCUAUACAAGUGGCUUCUACCAGAUACCAGUUAUUGGUAUAUCCUCACGCGAUGCUGCCUUUUCCGACAAGAAUAUACAUGUUUCCUUUUUGCGCACCGUGCCGCCAUAUUACCAUCAAGCGGACGUCUGGCUGGAAAUUAUGUUUCACUUCGGUUACACCAAGGUGAUUAUAAUACACAGUUCCGAUACGGAUGGGCGUGCCAUAUUAGGUCGCUUCCAGACCACCUCGCAGACAAAUUACGAUGAUAUCGAUGUGCGCGCCACCGUUGAAAUGAUUGUGGAAUUCGAGCCGAAACUGGACAGCUUCACAGAGCAUUUGAUUGACAUGAAGACUGCACAAUCGCGUGUCUAUCUGCUGUAUGCGAGCACCGAGGAUGCACAGGUUAUUUUCCGUGACGCUGCACUCUACAAUAUGACCGAGGCCGGUCAUGCUUGGAUUGUGACCGAACAGGCGUUGCAUGCCAAUAACACGCCAGUGGGUGUCUUGGGUCUUGUAUUGGAGCAUGCAAAGAGUGAUAAAGGACACAUAAGGGACAGCGUUUAUGUACUCGCGUCGGCAAUUAAGGAGAUGAUGUCCAAUGAAACGAUUACAGAGGCGCCAAAGGAUUGCGGUGAUUCGGGCGUUAAUUGGGAGUCCGGCAAGCGCUUAUUUCAGUAUCUGAAAACGCGGAAUAUAACUGGCGAAACGGGACAAGUGGCCUUUGAUGACAAUGGCGAUCGCAUUUAUGCCGGCUAUGAUGUAAUUAAUAUACGCGAAAAGCAGAAGAAGCAUGUUGUGGGCAAAUUUUAUUAUGAUACUGAGAAAGCUAAAAUGCGUUUACGCAUCAAUGAUAGUGAAAUUUUGUGGCCUGGCAAGCAGAAAAAGAAACCCGAGGGUAUAAUGAUACCCACACAUCUGAAAAUUUUAACCAUCGAAGAGAAACCGUUUGUCUAUACGCGCCGUUUGACGGAGGAUGAAGUGAAUUGCGAUGAAGAUGAGAUACCAUGUCCACUUUUCAAUGCAACCGACGGCAGUGAAAACGAGAACUGCUGUCGCGGCUACUGCAUCGAUCUACUCAACGCUCUUUCGCAUCGCAUUAAUUUCACCUUCGAUUUGGCACUCUCACCCGAUGGUCUGUUCGGUCAUUACACCUUAAAAAAUGUGAGUUCGUCCACUUCGGGUGCGAUAACGUCACGUAAAGAAUGGAGCGGUCUGAUUGGGGAAUUGGUGAAUGAACGUGCCGACAUGGCGAUGCCACUCACCAUUAAUCCAGAGCGUGCCGAAUUUAUUGAGUUCUCGAAACCGUUCAAAUACCAAGGCAUCACAAUACUCGAAAAGAAGCCAUCCCGUUCAAGUACUUUGGUGUCAUUUCUGCAGCCAUUCAGCAACACGCUAUGGAUAUUGGUAAUGGUAUCUGUACAUGUAGUCGCGCUGGUCUUAUAUCUGCUUGAUAGAUUCUCACCAUUUGGACGUUUCAAACUCUCGCAUACGGAUAGCAACGAAGAGAAAGCUUUGAAUUUGAGCUCCGCGAUUUGGUUCGCUUGGGGAGUGCUUUUGAAUAGCGGUAUUGGCGAAGGCACGCCACGCAGUUUUUCGGCGCGGGUGCUCGGCAUGUUCUGGGCCGGCUUCGCAAUGAUCAUCGUCGCAUCAUACACUGCCAAUCUGGCUGCAUUCCUCGUGUUGGAACGUCCGAAGACCAAGUUGAGUGGCAUCAAUGAUGCGCGUCUGAGAAACACCAUGGAGAAUUUAACUUGCGCUACAGUUAAGGGUUCAUCGGUAGACAUGUAUUUCCGUCGGCAAGUCGAAUUGUCCAACAUGUAUCGUACAAUGGAAGCAAACAAUUACGAUACGGCAGAGCAGGCCAUACUAGAUGUGAAGAAAGGAAAACUUAUGGCCUUCAUUUGGGACUCAUCGCGACUCGAAUAUGAAGCGUCCAAAGAUUGCGAAUUAGUAACCGCUGGUGAAUUAUUCGGUCGUAGCGGUUAUGGCAUAGGUUUGCAGAAAGGUUCCCCAUGGACAGAUGCGGUUACGCUCGCCAUUUUGGAGUUUCAUGAAAGUGGCUUCAUGGAAGCGCUCGAUAAGCAUUGGAUCUUCCACGGCAACGCACAACAAUGCGAACUCUUCGAGAAGACGCCAAACACAUUGGGACUGCAGAAUAUGGCUGGCGUUUUCAUUUUGGUCGCUGCGGGUGUAGCAGGCGGUGUUGGACUUAUUAUAGUAGAGGUGAUCUAUAAAAAGCACCAAGUGAAGAAGCAGAAACGUUUGGACAUAGCGCGUCAUGCGGCAGACAAGUGGCGCGGGACCAUAGAAAAACGCAAAACCCUACGCGCUUCGCUCGCCAUGCAACGACAGUACAACGUCGGUUUAAAUGCCAAUCCUGGUACGAUUAGCUUUGCGGUGGACAAGCGUCGCUACCCGCGCUUAGGUCCAUGCGCGCCCGAACAGGCUUGGAAGAGCGAUGCGGAUAUUUUGCGUAGUCGCCGCUACAUGGACGAAACCACCAAAGGCGUUAAUUCGCCUGCCAUACAUGUGCCAAUGUUGGGUAAAGUGCGCUCACCCGGCAACAUGCUACCGCCACGAAAUAUGCUGCCACCACGCUACUCACCUGGCUACACUAGCAACGUUUCACAUUUGGUAGUUUAAGCUUGGGCUUUUAGCGAUUACGCUGAGAUAAACAAAAAUUUGCCAUCACCAGCCGGCAAUCCAAAUCAAGAGCGGAAGCGAAGAUCCUCUCUUAAGUGAGAGGAAAACAAAAAAAAGUUUAAGAACAGAAAAUUAGCCAUCACUUGCAAAUAAAAAAAACUGGAGCAGGAAGACAAACCAGCCGACUUUGAUUAGAUUUUGUCUGUAAACAAACAGAAAUUCAUGG